AUAUAAUAUUAAUUAAAAAAUAAUUUAAAAUUGGAUAACUAGUAAAGUAAAAUGGAAGUUGAGGUUUAAGAGGAAGAAGCUAAAUAAAUAGAAUAUGUUAGACCCUUAGGAUAGAUAUGCAGAUUUGAGUGCCCUGCAAAUAAAGAAUAGCAUUCGAAAUUCCUUAAUUCUUAUUAGAUGUACAAAUAUCAUAUUAAAUAUUGCAGAGAACUGAGAUGUCUGUAAGAAGUAUUUGUUUGCAAAUUUUGUGUCAAGCUAUUUUUAGAAAUCAAAAAAAGAGAUGAGCACUAAAUUAACUGUUCAUGUAGAUUAGUUCAAGAAAAUGUUAUUUUUGAAAUACCUGAUCACUUAAAAACUCGUUAUCCUUUGAAUAAGAUAACAUUUGAAAAUUAAGAAGAGUUUUAUCAAAUAAUUGAUAAAUUUCCACUUUAGGAACCUUUGUCAAUAAAUUUAAUAGAUAGCAGUUGUUUAAAAAGUGAUUUUGAUGAGGAAGGAGAGGAGUUGAUUAAAACUGAUAAAAGUUGUUGUGAGAAUUCAAAUAAUGUUUUUUCUGAAGAUUUAAUGUGUAGUGAUGAAGAUGAUUCAUAACUUUCUGAAUUAGAAUAAUUUUCUCCAAAAAAAUAUCUUUAAAAUUAUAUAGGUUCUAACAACUCAUAAUAAAAUCUUUCUCUUAUAAGCUAGUAGAUAGAUAUAUUAUCUGUUUAAGAAUAGCUCAUUUAACCUUCAAACACUAUUAUGGUAGAAGAAGAAGAAUAAGAUUAUGAUGAUAAAAAACCUUCUAGAAAAAAACACUCUUUAAGGAGCUUUAAGAAUAUCAUUAAAAAAAAAAUAGAAUAACCUAAGGCCAUUUAAGAGUCAGCAGUGCUUCAAUAAUAAAUAGUUUCAUAAAAUAAUUAAAAACUUACUCAUUAAGUUGAAUAAUUCUUCAAUAAUAACAUAGAAUUACCUUUUGAAUAAUAAAUUUUAUAAUAAAAAAAAAUUUUAGAAAUUUAAGCUUCUCUUGUUAAUGAAAAAAUUACCGAUUUAUAAAAUUUAAAAUUGAUAAUUGAUUAGAAAAAUGAAAAAGAAUCUUCUAAAUUAGAAUGUGGAUAGGAGGAAGCAUAAAAUUAAAAGUCAAUAAGUAGCAAUCAGAAGUCUUAAAAAAAUUAUAUUGAUAAAGAUGAUGAUGAUAGUUUUUGUUUUUUAGAAGCUUAAGAAUGCAUUUUAAAUGGUAUACAUAACAAUUAGAAAUAGUAUGAUCGCUUUUUUAAGGUUAAAUAACAUAUUUAAAUAAAGGUCAUGGAUGUAACUUCAGAAAAUUAAGUUAUAUUACAAUAAGAAGAAAAUUUUAUUGAUGAUUAUAAUUAUGUUUCUUAUUUAUCAAUGAAAAAUUUUUAAAAAUUUAAUUCUUAUCUUGUUAAGAAUAAAUCGAAAUUACAACCUUAAGAUCAUUUAAUAGCUUCUUACACUGUAAAUCAUUAUGACUCUAAAAAAUAUUUAGAAGAACACCUAAUGAAAACUCCUAAUGAUAAUUAAUUCUGUUUAAUGUAAAUUGAAAUUACUAAACUCCAAGAUUUAUUUAAUACAAAGCAGCCACAUAAUUGCUUAUUCGAAGAUAGUAGUAAUAUCACUGAUAGUAUCUAUAAAUCAUAGUAUUCUAUAUUUAUUCUUGUAUUAGAGAAUUCUAAAAUAUUUGAUAAGGAUUUUGUUCCAUAGCCUCCAUAAAAUGCUUUAGAUUGCACUGAUGUAUAUAUGAAGCCUAUGUAAUAAUAUUCAUUUUAGUAAAAAUAGCUUACUGCUUAAUAAGCAAAAAUUUAAAAUAAAUCUGAAAAUAAAAGCUAAUUAUCAAAUGAUUGCAAUGAAACUAUUAGAUUAAAUCUUUAUGCUUUUGAAGGUUUUUAAGUUUUUAACAAUGACCUUAAUUUGCAUGAAGUUUAUUUAUUUGAUAAAUUAUCUAUAGAACUCCUGGAAGCAACUGCAAUAGAUUUAAAAAUAUUAGAGCAUUUAAAAUCUUAAACUUAAAAGUAGCUUUUCUAAUACUCUAAUGACAUAGAAAUUUAUAGUAAAUAAAAGGAAGAAAAAAUUUAGUAGUUACUUGAGAUUAAAAGUAGAAUAGAAUAAGAUAAGAGGGCUACAUUGACUAAAAAAAAAGCCAGAAUUGGCAAAGAAAAAAAUUUAGAAGAGCUAAUUUAAAAGAAAAUGAGUGAAAAAGAAAAUAAUUUACUAAAGUUUAAUUAAAUGCAAAAGGAAAUAAAAGAAAUGCAUAGUUAAGUUAAUUAGCUUAGAUAAAAUCUUCAAAUAGAGAUAGAUAAAGAGUAUUAGCUGGCAAAAGAAAAAUCUGAUUAAAUUUAUUAUUAACAGAUGGAUAAACACAGAGCUGAAGUAAUUUCACUAGCAAGUGAAAACAUAUUAGAUUUAUAUAGUGUUAUUGAAUUCUAUAAAUAAGAAAAUUAGCUAUUAUUUAAGGAAUAGUAUGAGUUAAUGGAUAUAUAAAGAAAGUAAGGCUAAGCUUUACUAAAAUAUGAUGCAAAAUAUGAAAAUUUAUAAAAUGCAAAAAGAAAUAAAGAAAAACUUAUUUCAUUAUAAAAAAAUAAAUAGUAGACUGCCUACUUAUGUUUGAAAUGUAAAAAAUACCCUUAAAACUGUUUACAAAAACCUUGUGGUCAUGUUGUCUUUUGCUAUUCAUGUCUCAAUGAAGAAAAUGAAGAAAAAGAAAUAAUAUUCUGCAAAAUCUGCAAAAUAGAAAUCAUUAAAUUUUCAGAAAUAAAAUAUAAAAUUAUACAUUGA